AUGGCGACCUGUGAGAGGCGAUCAAAUCUCAGGUUGCUCAGGACGCCUUUGAUUCUGGACGAAGGCGACACACUCACAACUCGCCAUGGAGACUGUCUCAGACUGUGUACUUACAACGCGAGAACAGUUUCCACAGACGCUGACCUGCAUGCCCUUCUCGGAGCUGCAGAGCGUAUCAUAUUUCACAUGAUUGCUCUGCAGGAGACCAAGUGCAGAAGGAGCGACGUACGACAGAUGAAUGACGGUACACCGUCAUUCGUGGAGAGAAGGGCGAAAUGUAGGCUGUGUUGGUUCUGUCGUACACCCAUCUGUCGUCCAUCUUCGUCCAUCGUCGAUUCUCACCAAAUCCUGUCACCUCGUCUGGCCAUUCUUCGUCUCCGCCAUCUGCGCCAAAAACCCAUCAGUAUCAUCAACCGCUACUCACCAGCAUCAGCAGCUGAUGAAUCCGAAAUGGACGCGUUUUACGAGGAGCUGGAGGAAGUAGUCCGCAGCGAGAAGUCCUACAAAUUCGUUGUUGGAGACUUCCACGCAAAACUAGGAAAGGCUACAGAAGAGGAAUACAGGAUAGGAAGAUUUGGACUAGGGGACCGGAAUGAAAAUGGCAAUCGUCUCGCCGGGCUGUUGUCCGCCGCUCGCCUCUUUCAUGGGAACUCUCUUUUCAUAGGCAGAAGAAGCCUGUACUUCAAAAGAUCCUCCUGCAACGCUUUUCUGCAGCUAGUGUUUGCUACUAACCGCUCAAUGUGCGAUGCAUUCGGAUCAAGCCUCAAAGCCCUUCUUCUUCCUAACAAUUCCUUGGUGGUCUUCGAAAUUCGAUACAAGUUUGUCGUGCGCGACUUCGAGGCACGUUCAGCACAGGCUCGUAAUCCUCUGAGCAGCAUCUCGUAG